GUACAAAACGUAGCCCCUCUCCUUCUCCGUUAUCUUCGUAAUCAAACCGAUCGCGUUGGAAGAGACUUUCCUUGUGGAACAGGGCAACCCAAACUUUCUCUAUUCGAUUUCGUAUUGGUAUCAGAAACCCGUUAACCCAUGUCUCUCAAUUUCCCUAUUUAAACACCUCUAUUUAAUACUACCAAACACUAAUCUUGCCAAUCACUCCGAUUAUUCUCUCUUCUCCCCCCCCCCCCCCCCCCCCCCCCCUCUCUCUCUCUCUCUCUCUCUGUCUCUCUCUCUCUCUCGCGAUUUUAACAGCUGACUUUGGAUCAAUCGGUCACAAUCUGCAAAACCCAAUUCUUUUCGUCUUAGAGGGCGAUCGAAGUAGCGUGAGUGUUGCCAUGGCCAAAAGCUCUUUCAAGCUCGAACACACGUUGGAGAGGAGGAAGGCUGAGUCUGGUCGCAUCAGAGAGAAGUAUGCUGAUAGAAUACCAGUAAUUGUGGAGAAGGCUGAAAGGAGUGACAUUCCUGACAUUGACAAGAAAAAAUAUCUUGUCCCUGCUGAUUUGACAGUUGGGCAGUUUGUUUACGUUGUCCGGAAAAGGAUUAAUCUCAGUGCUGAAAAGGCUAUUUUUGUCUUUGUCAAGAACACAUUACCUCCCACUGCUGCGUUGAUGUCUGCAAUUUACAAGGAAAACAAGGACGAAGACGGGUUCCUCUACAUGACUUACAGCGGCGAAAACACAUUUGGGUCCCUCUGAACCCAGAAAUGCCAAUCUAUGUGGAUAAAAAAACUCCCUUUAAGUGUAUAGUCUCAGCUUUGACUUAUCGAUGUCGAUUGACUUAACACCUUCCUUUGUCAGACUGUUUAUCCUACUCUUGAUCUGGCUCAAUUGCGUUGAAUUUGAUAUUAAACGAGAUACUGUUUAUAUUACAGAAUUUAUAUGUGAAGUGCUUUGGUUAUGAA